CAUCACCACCCUACCCCUUCCGCGAGCGCCGGCGUGAGAUGGACGUCAUCACUCUGUAGAUGGAGCUGUCAGUGGUGCUGAAUAUCUGGCCCGCGCUCUGAAAGCGCGGAGGAGAGCGCGUAAGGGGCCAACUGAGCACGAUCAACAGAUGGGCUUGCCAUCCUAGCGGACCGCCAGCUCCUCCAUUUUACUAAAACACACACAAACAGAAGAGCAGUAUCUUUUAAUCCACGUUAAGAAAACGGAUGUGUUAGUCAUUUCUGGGGAAACGGCGACAGAAGAUUACACCAUGCACGCGUAUAUACUAUAGACGGCAACAAAAAAGUGAAUGUGAGUAUCUUUUUUCAUCUAGCAGUGGUCAAACGGUUGAAUCGAGUGAGGAAACGCGGCGCAGGUUUUUUAUACAUUUUUGUCUACGGAAGAAAUAUUGGUUAACCUGAGGACCUGAGUCUAUAGCAAGGGUAGAAGACGGAAGGCACUUUCUACACGUGGAGUUCUUCCGUUUUACUUGCGUCUUGGUGCUCUCCCAGUGCGUCUGUUAGUUAGUUUUUCCUGUUUUGUUUGCUUUUUUCGCUCCCCGUACACACCAUGGAUAAAAUGCUACCUGCCCAGGAGGCGGCAAAAAUCUACCACACCAACUAUGUGAGGAACGCCCGGGCGAUCGGCGUACUCUGGGCGAUAUUUACCAUCUGCUUCGCCAUCAUCACCGUGAUAGUGUUCAUCCAGCCCUACUGGAUUGGGGACAGCGUGAACACCCCGCAGGCGGGCUACUUCGGACUCUUCCACUACUGCAUCGGCAACGCGCUGACCUCGGAGCUCAUCUGCAAGGGGAGCGCCCUGGACUUCGGCUCAAUCCCGUCCGGAGCCUUCAAGACCGCCAUGUUCUUCGUGGGGAUCUCCAUGUUGCUGGUCGUGGGAAGCAUCGUCUGCUUCACCCUCUUCUUCUUCUGCAACGCGGGUAGUGUCUACAAGAUCUGCGCCUGGAUGCAGCUGGCUUCCUCGGUGUGCAUGGUGAUGGGCUGUAUGAUCUAUCCGGAUGGCUGGGACUCGGAGCAGGUGAAGCGGAUGUGCGGGCAGCGGACGGAUAAGUACACGCUGGGGAACUGCACGGUCCGCUGGGCGUACAUCCUGGCCAUCAUCAGCAUCCUGGACUCGCUCAUCCUCUCCUUCCUCGCCUUUGUGCUGGGCAACCGGCAGGACAAGCUCCUGCCCGAGGACUUCCAGGUGGAGAACAAAGCCUGAGGGGCCGGGGGCUUCAGACCAUCAUCCAGAGGCUGUGUGUAGCUCGUGUCCAGUGAGUUCUGCUCGACCCAACUGAAACUGGACCGUACCAACUCUCUACAGGGCUGGGGGUGUAGGUGAUGAGUGGUAUGCACUGACCUCUCUCCACAGUUCUGUCGGAGCAGACCCUGUUGUACAGAAUGGCAGAUGUUUUUCGGUUUGACGGCGUGCCUCAGGGGCCCAUUUUCAGGCCCACAGAUCUUUGGAGAGAGCACCUCACUGCCCACAGUCAAGCUCUCCAGCAAAGAGCCAGCUUUAUCCUGAACAUAAGAGUUCAUUACUGUGUCAUGAGUGAAAUACAUUAUCUUUACAGAAAUAUACCAAUAUAAUCACUGUUUUAUGUGAAGGAGGCUUCUUCAUGUUGUACAAAUAUAUGUCCAAAAGUGUAUUUGAAAACAUUGUGUAAACCGCCUUAUUUAAAUAUAUGUCUUGCCGUGUUGUCAGCUAUAUCCGAGUAAAAUAACAUGUGGAUCCAGA